UUUGUUGUCAAUAAGUAUGGAUUUGCCGUUAACAUUACUGUUCGUAAGGUGAACACCCGCCCUUCCCCGACGCGCGCCAUGAAGAGACUCUUCCGGUUCAAAUCGUCGAAGUUGAAACCCGGCGAGGGCGCCACCGCGGCGGCGACGGACGACGCGCAGUCGGUGGGGUCGGUGGGGUCGGGCCGCGACCUCGCGGGGUCGGGGUCGACGAGGCAGUAUCGCGUCGACGCGAAGGCGAAGGACUUCAGCAAGCUUCACAAGGCGGCGUGGAACAACGACGCGGAGAAGGCGAGAACUCACGCGAAGAAGCUGGAUAUUAACCUGCUGGACAAGGAGUACAGGCGACAGCGACGAAGAGGCGGAGGUCAGUCGGAGGUCGGGGAGGCACCACGGCGACAGCGACUCGUGGGCCGACAGCGACCUUUCCACGACCUCACCCGCCGCCACGCACAAGCAGAAGCGACGGAAGCCCAGGCCCAGGCCGAGGCAUCGUUCCUCGUCAUCGUCGUCUGCCACGCCGCCUCAUUUUAG